ACAUGAUGGACCUAAUCGAGAGGGUGCUCUUUUUUGUCGUUCUGGUACAUGGGUGGAAAUUCUGGACAAACGUACAGCUGAAUAUGAGGCUAAAACGAAUGACUUAUCAAGGCCAGAAUAUGUACGUGGUACACGUUUAGAAAAUAGUCGAUUCAGUAUAUUGGAAUUCAUAUCGGUUGCAUUUGGUUUAGUAAGUAUACGUGGACGUGAAUCGCAACGUUAUUUAUGUAUGGAUCGUGAAGGCCGAUUAUACGCUGCGGUUUGUUUUGUUUUUUUUUUUGAUUGA